AUAAGAUCCAUCAAUUUUUGCGAUGACUUGUCGAAGUGUUUUAAGAGUAGGACACUUGAUUACCCGUUUGCAAAAUUGUUAUCCCUUGCGUUCUGCUGUUUUUGUCAAGGCUUGUGUAUUUUUCUGUUUGGUUCAGAGUCUCUGCACACAAAAUGACGAGGUGCGAUUAGCUGCGGAGGCUAGCAAAAAAUACGGAAACCCCGCACCGACUAUUUUUUCUAAAGUGAUUGACCGAACCAUUCCCGCAGAUAUAAUUUACGAGGAUGACAAGUGUUUAGCAUUUAGGGACAUCAGUCCACAAGCUCCUGUGCACUUUUUGGUCAUUCCAAAGACUCCAAUUCCAAGAAUCAGUGAAGCCCAUGACGAAGAUGCACCGCUCUUGGGUCAUCUCUUGGUGGUUGCAAAAAAUGUGGCGAAAACAGAAGGCCUGAGUGAAGGGUACAGAGUUGUUAUCAAUGAUGGUAAGAAUGGGGCGCAGUCUGUGUACCACCUGCACAUCCAUGUUCUGGGAGGUCGACAGAUGAGAUGGCCCCCAGGAUAGAUACAAAUCGUCUGAUGACAAAACCGAGAGAUGUUCAGCUUCUUGAUUGGUAAUUGUUGCUAAGGAGUGGUGACACUAUUGUGAUUUUAUUGUAUGUGUCCUCUCUUAUGGUUUGUACAUUAUGGGAGAAUGCAGAACAAAGGUGACAGUUGAAAGCUGACACGUUGUAAUCCCCUAUUACAUGCAACACAGAGGCAGAGAUAUGUACAUUGGAAAUAUGUUAAUGCACUUUCCCUGGUUUUCGAUUACAGUGUUGUGCUAGAGACACUAACAGCUAAAUGUAAUGCGGUGUGAGUGUAACAAAUAAAGCUUUAAUUAUUUUUUGAA